AUGGAGAGCCAAAAUAGACUGGGAGAGAAAGAUAAUUCAGAAUACUUGAAAGAAGAGAAAAUAACCUUGGAAGAAGAAAAUAGAGUCAACAAAAGAGUUGGAUCCAGCUAUUCUUUUAAUAAUUUAGCAGCUAAAUUGGAGCAUCGAGUAGUUGGUGAUGCAAAUCCAGAAGACAUCCUUCUUAACUACAAGAUCGUUGAUUUUAGAAGACAACAGACAUUAGCUUUUGCUAAGAAGCCUAACUUUUUGGGAUCAUUUGGCUUUCAAAAAUUUUGUUUUCAUUCCAUGAACACAAAAUAAGACUAUUGUAAAUUGUAUCAAUUCCUCAUUUCCUAAGAAAAUGAAAGCUUUACAGAUUUACUCUCACAGAACUUUAACCUCGAAUAUCUCUCCUGUUUUCAAUGCAAUGAUGAGGAUAAGCCACAGAGUAUCAGAGGAACUUUGGAUUCUUUAUUCCAGAAUCAGUGCUCAUCAGUUUAAGAGAGUCAUGGCUUCAUAUAAGCAUGUUAACAGAAUAAGAUUCCAUGAUUGCAAAAUCUCAAUACCUGCAGUCUUUGACCUUUCCCAAUCAUUGAGAGAUACGAAGAUCAAUGAGCUUGAAUUUUUAAGAUGAGAAGACCCUGAAUCUUCUGACUCGACGAGCGACUCUCAAAGCAUUAUCAAUCUAAUUCAAGGGCUAGCCACUUCUCCAGAUUUUAAGCACAGUAUCAAAAGAAUAGUUGCUUUGGAUUGCGGAAUUGAAGACACAAAAUACACAGAAAUUCUUGACGAAAAUGGGUUUAAUCAUGUUGAGUCGCACUAAAAAUGUGACAUACUUCCUUAUAUCCCUCCUUUUGCUCUUUAAAUACCCAAAUCAUUCAUUAUCCAUCCUGUCUGUCCAUUCCUCACCCUUGGGAGUGCCUAACCCCCCAAAACCCCACUUUCUCUUU